AUGGAGGUUAGGGGCACCACUUUCGGAGCGAACCAGCAGAAACAUAAAAAUGCAAUCGCCUCCAUACUUAGCGAGCUGAAAAGGCUCAACGACGCAACCGAGACGGCCUCGAAGGGAAGGCAAGAGGCAAAGAGCAAACUGCCUAAUACGCUUAUUCUUGAAGAGGUUUCGGCCCCUCCGUUUGGAGUCCGCCAGAAUUCCACCGUGCUGUUCGCCGGUGUAUCACCAGGCUCGCCAUCCGGCUAUACCGACAACGUUCAGAUCAGGCUGCUGAGAAACGACAAGACGCUCACGGAGCUCCAAGGAUUUACUGACUACCGGUCGUUUUGUGGACGAUCUCCUAUAGCGCCGCAGGCGUCCUCGGCCCUCAAGUCCAGAAUACGACAGCUCUUUGCACGAGCGCAGCCCGCCGAGCAGAAGAAGGCUGACGUCGACGCCCUAUUGGAGCAGGUAUCGGAGGUUGAGUACUUCUCUGCCCCCCUUGCAGGCAUCAAGGACCAUCUCACGACGCUCAUCCAAGGAUAUCAUGCUAGACCGCAUACAGAAGAUGCUCUUCUGGCUCGCGAACUCGGCCUGUCCGAGACCGAUAUCAGGCACGUCGCCGCCUCUUCCAGCCAGGCGCCGUACGAAAAGCUCGCCCAGAUCCGCGGCCACGAUGUGACCCAUAAGCCCUUAAAGCCUGUGACGCACGGCCAGUUUGUCUUUACAAAGUUGCACAUUGUCGACAAAUCAGGCAUCAUUUCCUACUACAGCCUACGAAGCGGACUCGAAGCCGGGAGUCUGUCAGUUUGUUCAGGUCCCCCGCGGAUCAACCAAACCGCCCGGCUGAAUGCCACCUUUGUUGUCGAGGUCGAGAACAGCAGCAGAUUUCAUCCCAUCGGCCCGCUUGAAAACCCUAUCUGGGGCUGGAUCACGGUCAAUAAUCUGGACAAACCACUGCUAAUCUUCAAUGCCGAGGGACUUUUCGUCCGCGAGUUUUGCCUGCUUCCUGACUCUCACUCAGUCGCAGCACCGUCACCGCCGCCCGAAGUCCACGGCGGGAAACCAACGACCAGAAGACUUACUAUCCUGGUCGAGAACCUCCUCUCGUUUCCAUAUGCUCUGGGAAUGCUCACUAUGCUUGAGGCAGCCUACCAGGCCACCAGCUCGAGCACGGCUGAGCACGCAGACUUUCUCCCUGCGGGAUUCGGUCGCGCUUUUUGUCUCGCCGAAUUUGGCUGCUCCAUCGAGCUGGCACAUCCGCCCCUCGAGAAUCGAAGUAUACAAUACCCCCAACCUCCCGAUAUGGCCCUCGAGUCGUACAAGUUUCCCGUCGGUCUCGGAAACGCCGACGCGGGCUUCGAUGGGCUCGCGGGCUACUUCGACACGAUUCGGGAUCCGCAGAUGAAGGAUAUAUACAGUGCCUUCGGUGACGAGCGGAAGCCUGACUUGGAGGCGCCCGGUCCUCACGUCAACCCGUUACUCAGAUCUCCGCCGUCACCUCUCGAGCUUACUCCGUAUCACAUCUCUGCUCUGGACACUGAGGUUGGUUUCUUCGCCGCCGCAAACCAGGCCAAGUUGCAGCUUCGUGGUGUGAUACUUGAACCCAUGCGAUCCCUACACCUGUACACGGGCGGCCUCUUUCCAAUGAAAGAGGUUGCCCUGCCUCGCUGGGCUGCCGGUUCUGCCAUGAAAGAAAUGCACGCUUUCUUCUUCGCCGGACCCUUAUUGGUUCCGCACCUUCCACCGCCGAAUGACAUGCGGGCCAACACAACCGCCUCUUCUUCGGAAGCGGACCAGCUGCCAUUGAACAAGAGCUCCAUGGUCGAGAUGCCCGUCUCCGGUCUUGAAGAUUGGAAGUGGUGGCAAGCUCGCGCUACUGCUGUCCCCAGCAGCGGCGGUGGUCCGCCGGUCGAUGAAAAGCCUUAA